AUCUGACGGGGGCGGGCUUAGCGGAAGGCGGGCCCGGCCGAAUGCGGCCGCGGGCGCGUGUCGAUGACGUCACCCGGCGCGUGCCGGGGUAGCCCGUAGUAACCCCGAGUCUGCGGAAGUGGUGACCCGUGGGACGCGGCUGAGACAGGAGACUGAAAGUUGUGGAACCAUAAUCUGUGACAUCAGUUGUUUUUUGAUAAGCAGCUAUUUAUGAUUCUGGAAGAUUAAGGCAGAUAGGAAGCCCCAUCUGAGAUUUUAACAAAUCUCUCAAACAGUAAACCACAUCAUGGACAUGCAGCUGGACCCUGCCGGAGAUGACCUGCCUCUCAUGGCCAACACCAGCCACAUACUUGUGAAGCACUAUGUGCUGGAUUUGGAUGUGGAUUUUGAAAGUCAAGUCAUUGAGGGGACCAUAGUGCUUUUCCUUGAGGACGGAGACAGAUUCAAGAAACAGAAUCGCUCUGUCGAGGAAGCCUGCCAAUCAGAGUCAAACAAAGGCUGCAAAUUGGGGAUGCCUGAGCCCUGCCAUGUUCCUGUGACAAAUGCAAUGACCUUCUCAUCUGAAAUGGAAUAUAAUGAUUGUGCAAUCUGUAGUAAAGGGGAAAAAGAUACUUCUGAUAAAGAUGGUAACCAUGACAACCAGGAACAUGCUGCUGGGAUUUCUAGCUCGAAGCGCUGCUGUGACACAGGGAAUCAUGGGAGUGAGGAGUUUUUGCUAGUGUUGGACUGCUGUGAUUUAUCUGUGUUAAAAGUCGAGGAGGUGGAUGUGGCUGCUGUGCCAGGUAUGGAAAAAUUUACAAGGUCUCCCGAGCUCACUGUUGUUUCUGAGGAGCUCAGGAAUCAGAUUGUACGUGAACUUGUGACUUUGCCUGCAAAUCGCUGGAGGGAGCAGUUAGACUAUUAUGCUCGUUGCAGCCAGGCUGCUGGCUGUGGGGAACUCCUCUUUGACACUGACACUUGGAGCUUACAGAUCAGGAAGACAGGGGCUCAGACAGCUACUGACUUUCCUCAUGCUAUCAGGAUAUGGUACAAAACUAAACCCGAAGGGCGAUCAGUUACAUGGACCUCAGACCAGAGUGGCAGGCCGUGUGUUUACACCGUGGGGUCUCCCGUAAACAACAGGGCCCUUUUUCCGUGCCAGGAGCCGCCCGUUGCCAUGUCAACAUGGCAGGCUACAGUUCGAGCAGCUGCAUCUUUUGUUGUUUUAAUGAGUGGGGAAAAUUCUGCCAAGCCGACGCAGCUUUGGGAAGGGUGCUCAAGCUGGUAUUACUACGUAACCAUGCCGAUGCCAGCCUCCACCUUCACAAUUGCAGUGGGAUGCUGGACAGAAGUGAAGAUGGAGCCGUGCUCAUCGGGUGAUUCGGCAACAGAGACACCCUUCUCACCUCCUGAGGCCGACUUCAGGCAUGUUGGUGUUUGCAGUCACAUGGAAUACCCCUGCCGCUUCCAGAACGCUUCUGCCACCACCCAGCAGAUCAUUCCUCAUCGUGUCUUUGCCCCUGUGUGCCUCACGGGUGCCUGCCAAGAGACCCUUCUGCAGCUGAUCCCUCCUUGCCUCUCAGCAGCACAUUCUGUUCUGGGAACACACCCGUUCUCUCGGCUGGAUGUUCUCAUCGUCCCUGCCAACUUUCCAAGUCUGGGGAUGGCCAGCCCACACAUCAUGUUCCUCUCUCAGAGCAUCUUGACAGGAGGGAGCCAUCUCUGUGGGACCCGCCUCUGCCAUGAAAUCGCCCACGCCUGGUUUGGCCUCGCCCUCGGGGCCCGCGACUGGACGGAGGAGUGGCUGAGCGAAGGCUUCGCCUCUCACUUGGAGGAUGUGUUUUGGGCUGCAGCACAGCAGCUGGCCCCCCACGAGGCCCGGGAGCAGCAGGAACUGAGGGCCUGCCUGCGCUGGCGUCGCCUCCAGGAUGAGAUGCAGAGCUCCCCCACGGAGAUGCAGGUGUUAAGACCCAAUAAAGACAAAACUGGCCACACAAGUGACUCAGGAGCAUCUGUUAUCAAGCAUGGACUCAAUCCGGAGAAGAUCUUCAUGCAGGUGCAUUAUUUAAAGGGCUACUUCCUUCUUCGGUUUCUUGCCGAAAGACUUGGAGAUGAAACCUAUUUUUCAUUUUUAAGAAAAUUUGUGCACGCAUUUCAUGGACAGCUGAUCCUUUCCCAGGAUUUCCUUCAAAUGCUACUGGAGAACAUCCCAGAAGAAAAAAGGCUUGAGUUGUCUGUUGAAAACAUCUACCAAGACUGGCUUGAGAGUUCCGGAAUACCAAAGCCGCUGCAGAGGGAGCGCAGCGCCGGGGCAGAGUGCGGGCUCGCGCGGCAAGUGCGCGCCGAGGUCACGAAGUGGAUUCGAGUGAACCGGAGACCCCGAAGACGGAAGCGCAGGGAGAGGGAAGCGGUGUUUGAAAAGCUUCUUCCAGACCAGCUGGUCUUGCUUCUGGAGCAUCUCUUGGAGCAGAAGACUCUGAGCCACCGAACUCUGCAAAGCCUCCAGAGGACAUACCACCUCCAGGACCAGGAUGCAGAGAUAUGUGCCUGCUGUGAAUUGGCCUCCACAUACCUGCCCUUCAUUCCUCUCACCCUGGAUUCCAAGACCCUCCCACCUGCACCCAGCCUCGAAGAUCCAGCCGUGUGGAGCACUCCUGGGAGAACGUUGAAAUCUUUGCUGUCAUUACCCUGUGUUCGUGGAGGCUGUGGAAACCUGAAAAGUGCUGCAGUCCCUUCCAGCAGGGUUCGCCAUCGGUGGUGUGAACUCAUUGUUAAGCACAAGUUCACAAAAGCCUACGAAAGUGUGGAGCGGUUCCUUCAGGAGGAUCAGGAAAGCAGGAGACACAGCCUCAAGGCAUUCGUACCUGUUGCUGCCUGUAAGUAUUUUCCUAAAAACUUCGGUUAAGAAAAAAGGGAAGGGUAAGAAUCUUAAAUUCAGCUGUGUGGGGAAUUUACGGUUUUUAAGCACAAGCAGUAAUAAGAAGGCUUAAGUUUUUGAAAGAGUAACCGAUACUCUUUCAAAAGAGUAACCGUUUAGUGUGUGUCAGUUUGUACAGAACCUGCAAAUGUUUAAUUAGCCAGAGCAGCCCAAGGUCAGCUUCCUCUGGAAGGGCUGGGACGUUCUGGGAGAGUGAACAACUGCCUUGGUUUCCCAGGACUAGUCCGGUUUUGCUGCCUCCGGUCUGAUGGCCCAGGACACCCUUCAGACCUGGGCUUCCACCUCCUGACCGCCAGUGAAGGGAGCCUUGUCGCAUGCAGUGUGAACGGCAGCGUGGGGACGCGGAGCUAAGAGUAAACGACAUGGGGCAGACGGUGACGUUUGCUCUCCUCGGCCCCCGCUGGUAGCACCCAGGGCCUGCGGCCAGCCCGCCAGGGCCAGUGCAGCCAGCACGGGGGCUCCAGCUGUGGCCCCAGCGCGUGCCAGUGUGUCCCUGGGUGUCUGUAUUGCCAUCACUUGGUUUUUACUCAGAAAUGACAGGCACAUAAUGCUGAUGGCCUUCGGCAGAUGCAGCCCGUCCUUCAUCAGGGAAACACUGUGCGCCUGCUGCUGACCCCUUUCAGAGUUAACCACCACCCAGACCCUGAGUGGGAGGAUGGCCCAUGGUGAUGGGCUCGGCCGUGUCUGAAGAAAGACCAAGUUGUCAUUACAAAUCCAACCUUGCAUCUUCCUUACACGCCAGCACUCCUGGGUAAGCCCUGCCCGGUUCUCUAGUCACACGCGAAAAUUCGCAGCCCUGCAGCCACCUGGAGAACCUGCCUCCCUGCUGGCCUUGGCUGGUGCACCAAGAGUGGGUUCAGUUCAUGUUGAGUUUAACGACUACAGAAUUGAACUCUGCAUCUCGGAGCCUUGCUAACUUUUGCUGCUGUUGCUGUGGCCGAGCGGCAGGAGGCAGGAGAGGGAGAAGCGGGAAUCCAGGCCAGGACAGGAGGUGGAGCCCCGGGGCUGGACUCCACGCGGUCCUCUGCGCUAUGCUGGCCUCCAGCAGGCAUAGAUGAGGGAGCGAGUGGACGGCUGGGGCAAGCCAGAGGAGUGCCCGGCGAGAGGCCAGGAGCCAGAGAGGCAGGAGAAGCGCAGGGACACUGGGCAGGGCCUCGUGGAUGGAGUUCUGGGCAAAAUCGGAGGGCCGAGGUCAGAGAAGAUUCCGGGACAGCCAGGGAGCGGACCUCCAGGUGCCUGGAGAAGAGCCCACUGUGCAGAGCUCACAGCGGAGGCCACGCAGGAGGCUGUGGGCAGAUGGGGCUGCAGGACCUGUGCGUCCUUUAGGUCAGGUGGAGCCAUUUGUUCAAGCCAUCUCCAAGAGGGCGCGAGGGCUUUGAAGGGAGACAGCGGCCUUUGCCUCAGGCUGCCUCGUCCUGCCCUGAGCUGGCACUGCUCUCCAAAUCUGGAUGCCAAGACAGAGGGCAGAGCCUGGGACCAGCUGGGAGGUGGCUGCGCUUGGGCUAGGUCCUGAGGGUAGAGAGACCCAAGCUGCAGGAAGGAAAGGCCGUCCCACCAAAGCCACCAUCUGGCCACCACCUGCUCGUGGGCCAAGCAGACUUGGCCCUUUCCAGGGUGCUGUCGGCAGAGGAACUGACAGGCCAGGAGAGGCGGGGGCGGUGGGAGGGAUUGUUCCCUGGAGACCCUGCCUGCCAGCGGCCACCGCAGCGAAGGCUUCUCAUUAGGAAGACUGAUGUGUUAAUAAAGACGGGUUUUAAAACGUCCGAAAGAAUAGCACGCAGGAGGCGCUUUCACCACGGCCGGCGCCCGGAUGGCCAGCACCCACUAGACAGAGCCAGUGCACGAGCGCCACACCGGCGUCUGCUCCGGGAAUGAGCUGCUGUGCGUGUCUUCUCUGCAGCGGAACUGACGGGGGGGGUGUGAUGACCCAGCACUGGGGCCCUCCGUGCUCCUGUGGGUUCCCGUGUGGAUCAGCAGGCAGGACUGAACCACGUGUCAGGAUGGGCUGCCCAGCACAGGGCGCAGGCCGAGCCUCGCACCAGCCAGCUGCUUACUCCCAGCAGUGUCUCUGGGGCCAGUCUUGAGGGCGAUCUGCUUUGAACGUGGACGAGUUUCCUCAGAGUCGACAGGAACGUGGUGUCAGGCUAACUGAAGCAGAGACCUGGUGUCUUUGGGGCGCUCUCUCUGGGUGAUUUUCUCUCACCCUGUGGGCAGGGCUGGAGCCACCCAACUCCCAUGCUAACCCCCGCUGCCAGGCCCAGGCCAUGGGCAGCUUCUCCACUCAGUCGGGCCACAGGGUGGGGGAGGAAGUGCCUGAGCUGGAACUGUCCUUGCCACAGGGCAGGGCUGACCAUCUCCCACUGCCCCUCCCCCAGACCCCCAUAAGCACCUUCCCACUGUUUCUGUGAGUUCCAGUCUUUAGAUCCACCCACAGCUGAGGGCGCCAUUUGUCUCUUGCGUCUACCUUAUUUCGCUCAGCGUAAAGCCCGCUAGGUUGGGCCGCAUUGUCACAGGUGUGCAUUUUAUAAGAGUACACGAGAUUCUCGAAAGCGUUCUCACUGUGCUGGGCCAGGCCCGAAGAGGUGGCACCUGGCAUGUGGCAGCCAGUCGUCUUCAGCCUUGAGCUUCCUCAGGCUCUCGGAUGCGUCUCAGCUGAGACAUCAGAACCUGGGAGGCACAGCCUGGGCCCGCUCCACAGGACUGUCCUACCAGGAUGGAGGCAAACUCCUGGCCCUGGUUCUUGGUAGGUAGGUCAUUUGUUAUGGGGACUUUCUGCACCUGGACACUCACAUUUCAGUCGGGCCCGGCCUGGACGGGAGCAGGAGGGGCCUCUGGGGACUGGGAAUAUUCCUCUCUUGAGUUGGUUGCUGGCUGCACAGGUGUUGGUUUGUGAAAUUCAUCAAGCUGUGUGUCUUCUGUAUGUAUAUGUCAACAAAAGUACAAAUAAAAAAUAAAACAAAACUCCCAGAGCCAGCGUGCUGGUGCUUUUUUUGAGAUGAGUAUGUUUUUAAAUUGUGGUAAAAUAUACAUAAAAUGUUCUAUUUUACCCACUUUUGUAAUUCGGUGGCAUGCAGUUGUUUACAGUGUCGCACGGCCAUCAGCACCGGCCGUCUCCGCCCCUUUCCGUCAUCCCCACACGAACUCCCCAUCCUCCGCCCUGGGGACUCUGUGGUUCUUCCUCUUCCUGGACUUGACCCUUCCAGGUGCCUCACCUAAGUGGACUCAUACAAUAUCCUCGUCUCUGGCUUAUUUCAAUAGCACAGUGUCUUCAAGGUUCCUCCAGGUUGCGGCACUGUCAGACCCUCCGUCCAUCUUCAGGCCGAAGAGUACUCUACCGUGGGCACAGACCGCACGCGGCACUGCUUGUCUACGGGCAUUUGGGCCGUCUCUGCCUGUGGCUGCUGAUAGUGCCGCCCUGAGUGCGGGGCCAGAGGGCCGUCCAGCCCCUGCUUUCGGCGCUCGGGUAUAGAUCUAGGAGAACCACCUAGAUCUAUGGUAAGUCUGAGUUUGGCUGCUUGAGGAGCCGCGCCCUUCUUCUCCACAGCAGCUGCACGAUGUUAACGUCCCCACCCGGAAGCAUGUGAGUGCUCUGGUUCCUGUGCACCCUCAGGGGCGUUUUUCUCUCCUUGCUGACAGCCAUCCUGAUGCAUCUCGCUGCACUUCGCCUCUCCCUGAGCACUCGUGCCCUUUCUGUGAGCAUCUUCCCACGUGCCCACUGGCCAUUGGUGUGCCUUCUUUGGAGAAGUGUCUGUUCAAGUCCUUCGCCCGUUUUCGAACCAGGUUAUCUUUUUGUGGUUAAGUCACAAGAAUUAUUUAUGUAUUCUGAGUACUAAACUCUAAUUACAUAUAUUCUUUCCAAAUAUUUUUCUCCCAUUCUGUGAACUGUGUUUGCACUUUCUUGAUAGUAUCCUUUGAUGCACAAAAGCUUUUACUUUUCAUCAAGUCCAAUUUAUCUAUUCUUUUUUUCAUUGCUGUGUCUUCGGUAUCAUAUCCAAGAAAUCACUGCCAAAUCUAACGUCACGAAGAGUGCUCACUUUUGACUUGGACCAUUCUUUACCCCUUAAGUCAAGUGAGCUUCAGGAAGGAUUUCUUUAUAAUAAACCGUUUUUUACAAAUUAA